AGACGAGCUGCAUUACAAUACUGUGAAACUGUUCUUUAGAACCUUUUUGUUAAAGCCUUUUAUAAAAAAAAUAGAAAAAAAACUUUACGUUCGAUCGCUGGGCUGUUCGAAGUUAAAUUUUUGCGCGCGCUUUUGUUUUCUUUCUAAUAACGCUGUGUUAGUGAUUGAUUAUAUCAAACGCUUGGAAAUUGUUAAUUUUAUCAUUGACAUUAUUUAGUCAAUAAGUUUAGCUAUAUUUUAACAGUGCUUGGUGUAAGAAGUGUAUUUUUUUAAAUAAGUGUUAGGACAGUGUGAAUAUCUACCUGUUGGAUUGACUUGAAAUUAGAAAAGGGAGAUAUGGAGCAAUCAUGACAUCAGUAAACAAUUUCCACUAAGAGGAGACACAGCUGAGGGUCAAAAUGAGCCUGAACAGAUACGGGCAGAGCGUGGAUGGGCCUGCUAACAAGGCCAAAGACAGUCCCUGUUACUUCUGCAAUGAAAUGUUUGAAAUGGGACAACUACAGAAUCAUUUGAAGCAGUGCGGCAGUAUAUUGGAACAGUGUCCACUGCGAUGCGGAGCAUGGAUCCAGAGGAAGCAUAAGGAGACACACGUCAAGGAGUGCCCUAAGAUGGAGAAGACGCGUAACUCUUCAAGUCACGUGAGCGUGCCAGCCCCGGCGCCGUCGCCGCCGCUGCCGCCCGUCUCCAACCACACGUGGUCGCCUCGCCAAGUGCCCCUGGAUGACUGCGUGUCUUACUUGGAGAAAGAAGUCGCUUCGAUCAAACUAGUCCUAACCGAAGAAUCAGGUCAUCGUGACGUACAAGCCACAGAGCUUGAGAAUAUUCGCUCAAAGAUAGUGCUGGUGGAGGAACGCAGCCAGCACUUCCUGUCCACCCUGGUGUCUCUUAGAGCUGCCGUGGAUGAUGAGGCUGAACGGUCUGCUAACUGGGCUGCACAGUUCAAACAUGAUUUGGCGAAUGUGCAGUUGGCUUUGCAGGAGCUACAAAGCCAGCAGUUACAAACAGUGAUGCGGCUAGAGAGUACAGUGAGUAGCCUGGUGCACGAGCAGCAUGAACGAGAACUUUUGGAACAAGCUCUGACGCAACAUGACAACAGGAUCCGAGCCGUCAACAAGUUAGAGGAGGUGAUAAGUUACAUAAAGCAAACGGUGGAAGAGGAGAGAGAGAGGAACGCGGAAAACCGCGCCGCGCUCGAGAGCGAGCUCGUGGAGGCGCGACGUUCUUCUGAGCAGCUCGCCAAUCUAGCUGCCUUGAGGGCACAGCUGCAGGCCACCACUACUGAGAGACCGACAAUAGACCGCAUCGCAGUUCUAGAAGUAGCUACCGCCGACGCUCGCGCAGAGGUGUCGGAGCACUCCAGCAAGGUGGACGCGGUACUGAGGGACCUGAGAGCGUUGACCAAGUCCUACCACAAGCUGCGCACUGAGCUCGCUGACUUCCAGGCUAGAGUCAGCUUCGACAGGACUGAGAUGGGCACUGAUGACGGUCACUUCAUCUGGAGGAUAGAUCGCUUCCUAGAGCGAAUGAAAGACGCGAAAGAAAACGACACGGUACUGACCAGUCCUAUAUUCAGGACCAGCAAAUAUGGAUACACUUUGAAGGCGGAAUUAAACCUGAACGGCAUCGGCAAGUGGAAGGGCCGGCACAUCACGUCGACAGUCCGCCUCGUGGCCGGGCCUUACGACGCGCUGCUGGACUGGCCCUGCGACUUUAGCGUCAAUAUCGUGCUCAAAGACCAGCCUAAUAAUAGGACCCAGGCCAUGGACAUAGUAAAAUCCCUGCAGCUUCGUCGCAAGUCGUCCUCCAAGCGUCACGACUAUGACGACGCAGAAGACGACAGCCGCAAGUCUUCGGAACAACUCGACAAGACCGUCACGCAGAUGAAACGACAGUACAUCUUCAUACCACACACAAGUCUCGAUAAGUUCGAAUAUGUUAAAAACGAUGUCAUGUUCAUUGAGUUCAUUGUUAAUCAGUAAUUUUCGAAAAAAAAAACUAUUUGUAAAUCUUCUUCUUGCCCUGUUACCAAUUUUAAUUGUGGUUUCUUGGAACCUAAGCUAGAUUUCAUAUAUAUAUAUAUUUUAUAAAAUUUUGCCUUGGUGACAUCUAUGUAAACUAUAAGACAUAACGUUUGUAUCUAUUGACUAUUUUGUAACGUAAACUAAUCCACCUUGAAAUUAAGACUAUUUAAACAUAUUCUCUCUAAAUUGUACAAUGAAAUUAUAAAUGUAAAUCAAGAAAUAUAUUUGCUGUAUACAUAUUUUUAUUUAAUAAAACCAAGUAUUUUAUACUUAUUACAUAGAAUUAGAAAAAUGAAUAAAAAUAUUUUUGUUCAAACAAUAACAA